GUUUCCAAAGACCAUUACUACCUCCUCUCGUCCGACUUAGAGGGUGAGCGGAUCAGUGGGGCUACAAACCUUAUCCAGGAGCUUGAAGCUGCGAAUGACCUCAAGGAAUGGGAGUACGCGACGGAGCGCCUCAUCAAGGGUUUAACUUCCUCCAGAGCAUCGUCCCGUAUCGGGUUUUCUAUGGCCUUGACGGAAGUUUUAAACCUCCGCAUCAAGACGGUGCAGAACUUUACUCUCGACGCGUAUCUCGACAAAUUGCUCGCAAACACGCUUCUUUCCAAGAAUGUCAAGAACGGGAAGGAGGAGCGCGGGCUCUUGUUUGGGCGUUUGUUUGGACUACAGAUUCUUCUCAACAACCCUGAAAUGCUUAUUGACGCUGGGGAAAAGCAGGUUAAUGCGUACUACUUGAAGUUUAUCGAUUUUUUGUUUGAAUUGGCAACUUUCAAGUCUUGGUUAAGAGAAACGUGUGUGUUCACCCUUGUGCAGUCAUUGCAAUCCUUGGGUGUUUACGUGACCAACGCUGCCUGGGAAAAGGUCUUGGUGAGGUGUGAUGAAUCUGGGAUGAACUUCACUCCGGAAGGUGUGGCCCUUUACCUUGUGGUUCCAAAGGAUGUCAGAAAUAGCCUUUUGGCGCUGACGGGCAUUAUCGACGCGAUGACCUGGAAGAACAACGAUCCAUUAUCCAAGGGGAACUUGGUCCAGCUUGCAAAGGCGUUGAAGGACGGUGGAUCCGAGCAACCCGAGAAAGAUGACAAGAAGGGGAAGGAAAACCAGGCGAAGGAGAAGGAAAACCAGGCAAAGCAAAAGGGAUCCUGGAGCCCGCGGUUGCACUUUGUGUGGGACUUGCUUGUCGAGCUCUUGGUCCAGCCGUGUGAGCAAAGUGAUGACGACGAUGAAGAGACGGGGUCCAAAAAGAGAAGGAAGAGCUCGAAGAAGCUGAACAAGAAGGCCAAGGUCGAGUCCGAUACCAUCUCCAUCCGAGAGUUCUACAAGGCCAUUGUCGACGAAACUCUUUUCUCUCAACAAUCGUCGCCGGAACGCAAGUACUGGGGCUUUCAGUUGUUUGAAAAGUUUGUCGUGCGCACUCCGGCAGCGCUGAUUGACACCCUCUUUACUGGUAACUUUAUGCGCUGUUUAAUCAAUCAGGCUGCACAGAGUAGCCGCUUGUUGAAUAAGGCUGCGAAACACGCGUUGGCGCAGUUGGUGCUGGUUUUGGCGCAACAGCAGGCAAAGAUUGUACCGGUGGUACAGCAGUUGUUAUUCAGUGCGCACGGGAGCUUGCAGUUUGACAAGCUUACCAAGAGCAAGACGGUGGCGGAGCUCAUCGGUGGUGUUUCUUGCGUGAUUACAAAUUUGCGCGGCAUGUAUUUGGACGUGUUGUUUAAUGCUGGGAAGUAUGUGCAUAAACUGGGUGACAGUCAUAUGGGAGGCGAUCAGCAUGCAAAGGAAGUUGAGAAGGUGCAACGGUGGGCCUUGGACUCGCUUUUGCAGCUUGUGCGUGCAAAGAAACUUCCGGUGGAGGAGACCCCGCAGUCUCAGUUGAUCUUCAAUGCUAAUGUGUCCAAGUUGGCCAUCGAGCGCUUGAAUUCUGUUUUAGGUGACAUCAUCCAGUUGCCGCGCCCGGACAACAAGACCUGGUCAUACAAGGCACUCAACUCCGUGGUGAAGCUCUCGGACACUGACGAUUCCACCAACCCAGACGUCGCCAAGUACACGUUGAGAAACGAGCUUGAGGACACCGAGCUUGUCGCGGUCAAGGAGAAGGCCCUAAAGACGUUGCGCAAGAUUCGCGUCAAGCGUUCGAAUGGGAACAAGGCGUACGAAAACAACUCACAGUUGAUCUCGUUCGAGCUUCUCUUUUCGAUGGUGUUACUCCAGUUCUAUCAAGCGGACGAGGAGUCGUUCCAGGUGCUCGAUGAGCUCCAAGUGUGCUUCCAGACGUUCAUAAACGACAACGGUUUGGACGAGGAGGAGCAGGGAUCAUCGAAGCAGAUUUUGACCGAGAUUAUCUUGAGUUUCCUCUCGCGCAAGAGCGCCUUGUUGCGCCGGUUGUGUUCCGUCGUUUGGGAGUGGUUUUCCCAAGAGGUGGACGAUGAGUGUUUGAAGUUGUUGUACGAUGUGUUGUACACUCGCGAGAAUAAGGAGGGCCAACAGAGUCUCUUUGAGGGGGAAAGCAGAAACGAAGAGGAUAAAAACGAGGAGCAGGAAGAGAGUGAAGAAGAGGAAGAAGAAGAAGAAGAAGAAGAAGAAGAAGAAGAAGAAGAAAGUGAGAGUGAGAGUGACACUGAGGGUGAAGAAGAAAUCGACACAAACACCAACAUUGCUUUGGCACAGGCGUUAGGGAUCCCAGCAGAUGCCCAGACGGGGGAGGUUAAAUUUGAAGACAUGUCCUCGGAAGAAGAGUCCGACGAUUCCAUGGACGACGAGCAGAUGAUGAGUCUUGACAAACACCUUUCAAACAUCUUUAAACAGCGCCACGAAGCAAUGGCGUCUGCCUCUGGCGAUAAGAAGAACGGCAAUCAGCGCAAGCUCGAGGUCCAACAGGCGCGUGACGACAUUGUCUUCUUCAAGACACGAAUUCUCGACUUGUUGGACAUUUUUGUGCGUGUGCAGGAUGGCAGCGAGUUGGUGUUGACUAUGGUGAUGCCUCUAUUGGCGUUGAUCAAGUUGACAAAGGACAAGAUGCUUGCGGAAAAGGCCCAUAAGCUCCUCAAGGGUAAAUUGUGCCGCGCAAAGGUGGUAUUGGCUGCGGAUACCGACGUCGAGCCAUACGUGGACAUGAUCCGCGAGAUCCACGAGCGCAUCGGCAGUGCUAAGAAGACCGUCACACCCAGCUACACCCACGCAGGGACUCAGGCGUGUGUAUUCUUGAGCAAGACAGUGAUUUUGAGCCAGGAGGAUGCGGUGGAUGACAUCAUUGACGUCUACACCGAGACCAUGAAGACGUGGGUUGCCAAAAAGGACAGCCAGAUCCAGCCUGCCUUGUUUUUUGAUUUCAUCAAUUGGUUGAACUCCAAGAGAGCGUAG